UUACCUAACUCCAUGCGUAAACCAAAACAGAAAAAUUACAGCCGAAUUCUAUCAACACAGCAGUUAUCUUUUCUAGUUAAAAAGUUGUGAAACACUUGAUAGCUUAUUAAGAAACACUCAAACUCUUGAGUGCACAAAGAGAGAUGUUUUUAGACAUUUCAGUGACCUUCAGGUGUGCUACAUUGAAAAAGUUCUAAAAUUGCAAUUAACUGGUUACAAGAGACCAAAAGCUUUGCUGGGCUGUUCCUGGAGCUGAUUCCUCUUCACUUGCUAUUGAUGUGGUAACUUUAAAAUAGAAGACAAUAAAUAUGAUCUCUGCCUGGGUAUGUACACUUACAACAUGGACUGACCACUACUGAUAGCCCUGACAGAUAUAACCUUUCUGCAGGUACUUACUUGGACCAGAGCCCACUGCACUUACUGACCAGAGCCUGGAACUGCAGGAAUUGACCAGAGACUUAUUGACAAACCUACUGUGCAUUUCAGCAAUAUUGUGAGUGAUUUUUGUAUCCUCUUUGGUGGCUCUUCAGGUGGUGACAGUGGUACCUGCACUUGCUGAAACCCCUCCUUUUGAUGUCCCCCUCUGAUCCUCCUACCAGUGGGCAGUUAGUCUGGCACAAGCCUCACAACCCCGGAACAUAAAAGAAUCUAAUGAUACACAGUACACAGUUUUGAGUGAAUUAGAGUCAGUCUAGAAUCUACAGAAAAAUGACUUCCAGUUUCAUCACCCCAAUUGUAAUUUUCAUCAUCACCUUACUAGAUUUUGUCACAGGUGAAAUCAGUUCAGCAAGUGCCUGUUUCUCCCGCUCCAACAAAAUCGACAUUCAGUGUUCCCCGCGCACGAUGCUGCGGAUACACAAGGUUUUCUUUGGGUACAACAGUGAGGGGCGGUGCUCCUUCACCCCCGGGGAUUGUAUCUACACGGAACAUGAGAACUACCCCUGCGUGGGCAAGGAGACCUGCAGCAUCAACCUCCCCAGUGGAGGGUUCGGCCGCAAAAUUCCGUCGUGUCAGCAAGAGAGUACCUACUUCCAAGUGGACUACGAAUGCAUACCAGCCUACAUGACCAGAAGUAUUUGUAAUGUUGAGGACCUUCGGGACCAAUCUGGGUAUUUAGCCAGCCCUGGUUACCCUAACAACUACCCCUCCAAUCUGGACUGCUCGGCCAGGAUCUACGUCAAACCCAACCAGAACAUCAGACUUUUUGUGAUUGACAUGGAUCUGGAAACCAAUGGCUCCGUACGAUGUAUGGACUACCUGUACGCCAGGGACAAGUCACGCAGCAUCACCUUGUGUGCCCGCCGAGCCAACGAACCCAUAUCUAUCAUGUGGGACGAGCUCUUCAUACAGCUUAUGUCAAACGGGAUUGAAAAUCACAAAGGAUUCUGGCUGUAUUACGAAGCUGAUCCGCCACUUCUGACGACCACCACCGCCCCGCUGGUUUUAAGAACCACGGCGGAAAUCUUGGAGGACGAAGCCCCGGCUCCCUUGACCAGGACCAAUACCGUCAGAAUGCAGACCCAGGAAAAUAAACUACCCUUUGUGGCCAUUAUCGGAGGUGUGAUUGGGACCCUGAGUUUUAUUUUGUUAGUCCUCCUAAUCCUUCUGGGGGUUAAAUGGUGGAAAGAAAGGCGAAGACGCAUGGACAAAAAUAGAUUCAUAGAGGUCCAAAACCCUGCCUACAGAAAUAGCACAGAAUUCCGCAAUAGUAAUGUGCCGAGUGACAAUUUCUAUAAUUACAUUGACUGCUGAGGGUGACAAUGAGAAGAGUUCACUAAUUCAUGACUAAACAAUCAAACUUCACUGUAAUUGAAUUCCCCUCUCAAGAUCCAGAAUCGGUCAUUCAAAGUCCAGUGACUAAAACCAAUGGAGAUCUGUGUCGGGCUAUUGCUGAAUUAACUGGCAUGAAAUUUUGCUGUGAGCUGAUGAAGCAAGAAAUUGGUGUUUGUUCAGCAAACAAUUAGUGACAAAGUUCUGUCCACAAGACUUCAGCUGUGACUAAGAUAUUCCAGUGGACAGGAUUCCAGAUUCACUUUGCCUUAUAGUGAUUGCAGAAAUAGACUGCAUUAUAACAUUUAUUUCUAAACACUGAUCUGUGAUAACAAGACAAUAAUGGCAUGCACACGUGGAGGAUUUAAUGGUGCAAUACAUCAGAUGUGUAUAUGAAAAACACAUAUUGUGCAAUAUAUUUUUAUUACAUAUUUAUAUCACACUGUACAUAUACAAAAAUCGACUCUCAGUUUUCAUAUAUUUUUUUCACACCAUAUACUCUAAGUUACAGCAUAUCAAAAAACUGCAUCAAAAAAAAAAAAUCUUCUCUGAAUGACAACAACCGCACACAAACAUUUUAUGAUUGGCAUCAACGAGUUAUACUGCUAGGUGGAAAAAGAGAUUUUUUCCAAUUCCCUGAUGACUCAACGCCAGGUUUAAAAAGUGGAAAAAGUGAUUGUUUUGAAUUUGACAUAGAAAUCAAUAUCAUCGCAUUGAUAAGACAUAAGGGCUCUUGUAGUCCGCGAUUAAACAUGGUUAUUGCGUGACAAAGCCACCAAAUUCUGGUGCCUUUACAUCAUUCGAUUAAUGAGCUUUUUUGCCUUAGGCCCUUUUGUUCAUUAGCGGCCCCUUAAUUCGAAGCCGAAUCACAAUAUACACAAAAAAUAACCCAAGUCAAUUAAAGCCUCUGGCACAUCACAAGAACUGAAUAAUUUACCCUUAAAUGUUUAACCAAUUGUACAAGAUAUUGAUGAAUCACUAAAUAUUUUGUUCCAUUUCAUCAAAGUUCACAUUCUUGCACAAUAAUUACACUGUGUUGUCAUAAAGCCGACCUAGUUGUGGCACUAUUUAUAGAAUUGAUGUUUUUGUUUGUAAAUAUUCCAAUGUGCACUAAUUUAUUAUUUAUUUUAUGUAAUUUCUACCCAGAGCAAGCUUCUUUAAAUGGGAUGAAACUUAGAAUAUGACAUAUUAUCAGAACCUGGGUAUUACCUCAGUGUAAGAGUUACCUCCCAUUGUAAGGUGCUUGCUAAGUGGCUGUGCUGUGAUAUGCCAUAUUAUCUGUAUGUAAAUUAUUUCUAGUCAAAACCAUGUACUUUGCUGGCCUUGAUAAUAUUAUGUUAUGUACAAACCUUCUCCCAUUUAUGAUAGAUCUACUUUCUACUUAAUUUCACUCAAAUCUAUUCUUGAUUACAAAUUUCUGUUUUACCCCCUGCACAAUUUUUCAUUUUUGAAUCAAUUUUUACAUGUUUUUAAAAAAAAAUAUCACGCUAAUUAACAAACGAUCUCAAAAUUAUCAGUAUUAAUCUUUUUUACCAAAAGUUAAUUCAUCAUUUAAAUUUCUUAGUAUGUUCCAUGGUUAGUACUCAUGACCAUAAUUUGAUUUUUAAUUCAGACAUUUUUAAAUCAUGUUUAACUAUUCCAUCCAUCACGGACUGAGAAAUCCACAUCUCAUUUUAACACAUAACUAAUUAAGCUUUAUGUAGCUUAAUUAUUUGUUAAUAGUCUGAGGUUGGUAGAUGCACUACUCUAUGACACAAAACAUUUACUACUAAAUCACAUUGUAUAUUUCUAAUUUACGCACAAUCGUUUUGUAGUUGUACGUAGGAAUUUGUUCCCACUGGUAGACACGGAUAUGAAAUCCACAUUCAUUCCACAAUGUGUUUGUUGUGAGAAUUUGUUUGUUGUAUAACAUAUGAUUCCUGUGUUGAUCUAUUGGGAUAAAUGCAAUUUCUCUGUUUUUUUCCAUCAUUAAUUCUCUUUUUAUUUCAUGCAUAACUUGUUGGUAAAAAUUCAAAUUGCUGGCAAUUUUUAAAAAACGAAUGUGAGAAAUGUAUAUCAUUUGGAUGAAAAUGAAAAUAAAUAUGAAAAAU